UUUCAUUUUUGAAAAAAAGUUAAUUUUCCUAAAAAGGGGGGUUAUUUUGAGCAAUCACAUCAAACUAAACAGGUACUCUGCUUUUAGACUUUUGGUAACUUUCUUUUUUUAUAUAGUUUUUAUUUUUUUAUUAUUUAUUUUCCCUUUUGUUGCCCUUGUUUUAUUGUUGUAGUAGUUGUUGUUGUUGAUGAUGUCUUCAUUGUUGGAUAGGACAGAGAGAAAUGGAGAGAGGAGGGGAAGACAAAGGGGGAAGAGAAAGAUAGACACCUGCAGACCUGCUUCACCACCUGCGAAGCGACUCGCCUGCAGGUGGGGAGCCGGGAGCUGGAACUGGGAUCCUUAAGCCAGUCCUUGCUCUUUGAGUCAUGUACACUUAACCUGCUGCACUACCACCGGACCCCUGACUUUUGGUAACUUUCUUUCAUUUACUGUAGUGGAUUUUUAGACAGGAAAUGCUACAUUGGAUAUACCAUUGAAAGAAAGUGUAACGUUGUAAUAUUGUUUACUUGCAACUUGGUUUUCAAAGGAUUCCUUGGCAAUUUCCAAAGCUAUCCUUGGAUGAUUUCUAAAGUGCAUGAUCAGAAAUUUUCAUCAUCCUGGUAGAUUUUGUUUUGUUUUGUUUUCUAUUAAGUAGAUUCAGGGUCUGCAAAACAGCUCGCUUGAAUAGAGAGUAUCGUCCAAGUUUGAGCCCAGCCUCACUGCACUGGAGGAAGCUUCAGUGUUAUGGUAUCUUUUUUCUUUCUCUUUCUGUCUCUGUAUUUCUAUUGUUAUUAUCAUUAUUAUUGCUUUACCAGCAGGAUUAUUUAUGGGACUUGGUGCCUGUAGGGUUUAUCAUUCCUGGUGGCUGUUUUUGUAGAGAGUGAGAGACAGAGAAACAGAAAACAAGAGGAGAGAGAAGGAGAAGGAGAGGGAGAGGGAGAGAGAGGAGGAAAGACAUCCAUAGCACUGUUCCACCAUUUGUGAAGUUUCUUUUCUGUAGGAGGAAACCUGGGGCUUGAAGGAGGUCUUGGUACAUUGUAACAUGUGCACCACUUUCAGGUCCCAGUCUCCCUCUUUCUGUCUGAAAAAGUUGAAAAGUUGGCUGGGUGUAGUGAAACCCUGGAAAUGACAAAAAAAAAAAAAAAAAAAAAAAAGAUUUAGAAAAAAAAGCAUUAUAAAUAGAGCCAUACCAAAAGUUAAUUUUAUUCUUGUACAACUUAAGAGGGUAAUGUUUAUUUAAUCCUGAUAAACAUUUCUUUGUCACUGACUUUCAAGUGGAAAAUUUUGUUUCCUAAGAGAUCCUAUGUGAGAGAAAAAGAAAAAAAUCAGUUUACCCUAUGAUAGUGUGUGUGUUUAGAUAUAGUUAAUACCAACUAAUGCCAACAUCUGGCAAAGAGAUGAAACCUGGGAAUUUGUUUCUUGAAACCCAGGGACAAAGUGUUCUGAUCUGACCAGCAAACAUAACUGUGGACUUGAACUGGAAUAUUCAGGGGCCAAAAUAUCUUUAAGUGUCUGGAAAAUUGGCCUGUUGAGUCACCAUGAAGAGACUAAAACAAAACUAAUUUUAAGCAGGUCAAAGUUCAGUGAUUCCCUCUGGAAUUCAUUUUUUUAAGAGUUUUAUAUUGAAAUGAAAAGGGUCAAAGUUGAUGCACUGUUCCAAUGUUUUGAAUGCUUUCCCUGAAGAACAGCCACCAAAGCUGGGAUUCUCUUGAACUGCAAGGCUGGUACUUGGUAGUCUGGGUUAAAACUAUUUUAAAGCAGUCCAGGCAGGAUAGAGCAAUUCCUGGGAACCUUCCUAUUUAAAAAAAAAAAAAUGUGUGAGCUCAGAGCAGUGGCUGCAGUGUAAUUUAGGGCAGCGUAUAUGCUUUAUACCAUCGGAGAAUAUUGCUUCCCACUAAUGUUCCAUCAGAGGGUGGUAGGAGAGUAGUCAUUUUAGAGGGUGGCAUUCUUGUUUGUCUUACACUGAAAAACUUCAGCAUACAUAAAGGGACCUAUUCACCGAACAAGAAAAGUAGCUGUGGGAAAGUGCCGGACGAAUCUCUAUGUGAACUGAACAGACAUAAAAUCAGCAUGGGUGUAGGAAUCUCUUUAAGAAGACCAAGGAGUAAACAGCUUCUGGGGGAUUGGACUCUUCAGGCUGUUUAAUUACCCCGUGGUGUAGAGGCAAGCUUCAGGAGGAUCCAAGUCUCCCUGCAUGUGGCAGACUCUGAGUGGCCUUUACUUGUAAACCAUCAGCAAGACCACAACCCAGAAAGCCAGCCUGUGUGUUUGCAGCAGCUGCUGCUGCAGAAGCAUUCCUUUUGCUGAUGACACGAUUCCUGUUUGAAUCUGUUUAUGAGAUACUGAAAGCUGAUCAGAAAAGUUUGGAGCUGUACUGGAUCAGGAAAAGCAUUGUGAGAAAUAGAUAAUAUCAAGGACAUCUGCAGUAGGAGAGAUUGGACUGGGAGACUCAGCAGAGCACAGCUCAACUCUGGCUUAUGGUGGUGUGGGUGAUUGAACCUGGGACUUCAAAGCUUCAGGAUGUCUUCCAAGCGACCAGCCUCUCCGUAUGGGGAAGCAGAUGGAGAGGUAGCCAUGGUGACAAGCAGACAGAAAGUGGAGGAAGAGGAGAGUGAUGGGCUCCCAGCCUUUCACCUUCCCUUGCAUGUGAGUUUUCCCAACAAGCCUCACUCUGAGGAAUUUCAGCCAGUUUCUCUGCUGACGCAAGAGACUUGUGGCCAUAGGACUCCCACUUCUCAGCACAAUACAAUGGAAGUUGAUGGCAAUAAAGUUAUGUCUUCAUUUGCCCCACACAACUCAUCUACCUCACCUCAGAAGGCAGAAGAAGGUGGGCGGCAGAGUGGCGAGUCCUUGUCUAGCACAGCCCUGGGAACUCCUGAGCGGCGCAAAGGCAGCUUAGCUGAUGUUGUUGACACCUUGAAGCAGAGGAAAAUGGAAGAGCUCAUCAAAAACGAGCCAGAAGAAACUCCCAGUAUUGAAAAGCUACUCUCUAAGGACUGGAAAGACAAGCUUCUUGCAAUGGGAUCAGGGAACUUUGGUGAAAUAAAAGGGACUCCCGAAAGCCUCGCGGAGAAGGAGAGGCAGCUGAUGGGCAUGAUCAAUCAGCUGACCAGCCUGCGUGAGCAACUGCUGGCGGCCCACGACGAGCAGAAGAAACUGGCUGCCUCUCAGAUCGAGAAGCAGCGCCAGCAAAUGGAGCUGGCCAAACAGCAGCAAGAGCAGAUUGCAAGACAACAGCAGCAGCUUCUGCAGCAGCAACACAAAAUCAAUUUGCUUCAGCAACAGAUCCAGCAGGUCCAAGGUCAGCUGCCGCCAUUAAUGAUUCCUGUAUUCCCUCCUGACCAACGGACACUGGCUGCAGCUGCCCAGCAAGGAUUCCUCCUUCCUCCAGGCUUCAGCUAUAAGACUGGAUGUAGUGACCCUUACCCUGUUCAGCUGAUCCCAACUACCAUGGCAGCUGCUGCCGCAGCAACACCAGGCUUAGGCCCUCUCCAACUGCAGCAGUUAUAUGCUGCCCAGCUCGCUGCAAUGCAGGUCUCUCCAGGAGGAAAGCUCCCGGGCAUACCCCAAGGCAACCUUGGUGCUGCUGUAUCUCCUACCAGCAUUCACACCGACAAGAGCACAAACAGCCCGCCGCCCAAAAGCAAGGAUGAAGUGGCCCAGCCACUGAACCUAUCAGCUAAACCCAAGACCUCUGAUGGCAAAUCACCCACAUCACCCACCUCUCCCCAUAUGCCAGCUCUGAGAAUAAACAGUGGGGCAGGCCCCCUCAAGGCCUCUGUCCCAGCAGCGUUAGCUAGUCCUUCAGCCAGAGUUAGCACAAUAGGCUACUUAAAUGACCACGAUGCUGUCACCAAGGCUAUCCAAGAGGCCCGGCAGAUGAAGGAACAGCUUCGACGGGAACAGCAGGUGCUGGACGGGAAGGUGGCCGUUGUCAACAGCCUGGGUCUCAACAACUGCCGGCCAGAAAAGGAAAAAACGACACUGGAGAGUCUGACUCAGCAACUGGCAGUGAAGCAAAAUGAAGAAGGAAAGUUCAGCCAUGCCAUGAUGGAUUUCAACAUGAGCGGAGAUUCUGAUGGAAGUGCUGGCGUCUCAGAAUCGAGAAUCUAUAGAGAAUCCAGAGGGCGUGGGAGCAACGAACCCCACAUAAAGCGCCCAAUGAACGCCUUCAUGGUAUGGGCCAAGGACGAAAGGCGGAAAAUCCUUCAAGCCUUUCCUGACAUGCACAACUCCAACAUCAGCAAGAUCCUGGGGUCUCGCUGGAAAGCUAUGACCAACUUGGAGAAGCAGCCGUACUAUGAGGAACAAGCCCGCCUCAGCAAGCAGCACCUGGAGAAGUACCCCGACUACAAAUACAAGCCCCGGCCCAAGCGCACCUGCCUGGUGGACGGCAAGAAGCUGCGCAUCGGGGAGUACAAGGCCAUCAUGCGGAACAGGAGGCAGGAGAUGCGGCAGUACUUCAAUGUUGGGCAACAAGCACAGAUCCCCAUCGCCACCGCGGGCGUCGUGUACCCAGGGGCCAUCGCCAUGGCGGGGAUGCCGUCCCCGCACCUCCCCUCCGAGCACUCGAGUGUGUCCAGCAGUCCCGAGCCCGGGCUGCCCGUGAGCCAGAGCACGUAUGGCGUGAAGGGAGAGGAGCCCCACAUCAAAGAGGAGAUGCAGGUGGAGGACGUCAAUGGAGAGAUGUACGACGAGUAUGACGAAGAGGAGGACGACCCCGACGUGGACUAUGGGAGUGACAGUGAAAACCACAUCGCAGGACAAGCCAACUGAUGAGGGUCACGAGGUUGUGGGAACCAUAGGACUUAAAAAAGCCCUGACUGGUUCGUCCUGACCAGUGGCCAAGCACAGGAACCUUCUCAUACACUGACUGUUACUUUAACUGUUAGUCUUAAAAUAGUUGGGACAUCAGCUGACUAAUAGACCUCAGCCUCAAAAGGCUUGGAAAGAAAAAAAAAUACAACAAGCAAACGAGAGAUUGAAAAUAAGCUAUGGGUAAAUUAAUGCCAGUAAUUCAGCUGCUACAUCCAAGCACUGAAGUCUUACCCGUCAACUUUUUUUUUUUUAAAUAAACUUUAUGGCUGUUUGUUCUACAAUGUUCUAGAAAUUCUCACUCAGGUACACAGUGCCAACAAGUGGCUUGUGAAUGUGUUUUGUUGUUUUGUGCUACAAUUUAAAAAAAAAGUUUUUUUUUGGGGGGGGGUUCUGGGUUUUUCCUUUUUAUUUUUUUCCAUUUUAUUUUAUUUUAUUUUAUUUUUGUAAUGCACCUGACAGAAAAAAAAAUUUCUCUUUACUUCUCUCCAUCUUCUCCAUCUCUGUACUUUAAGAUGGCAGUCUGUGCAUGGGGGAAGAGGAAUAAGAGCCUGUUUUGAACUUCCGUUCAACCCACCACAAAAUAAGCCAAUAUUUUCUCUAGAGGACUUUACUGCACAUCACACUACAUCUUUGAGCAAGUGCCAAAUUUGUACCGAAUUACUGAUUCGUUUCCCCCUUCCCUUCCUCCUUAUCCUCCUUAAGUUAGGACAGUGUUAUAUCUUAGACAAUCCCUUGGGGGGAAGAAAAAAAAAAAAACCUGAAAUACCAGCAGCUGGUGAGAUUUGACUUUUUUUUUUUAACGGAAACUGUAGGUGCUGUUCUCAGGUGAAAAGAGAGAGAGACAUAAGAAAUUUAGAGAAAAAAAUAUUUUCUGAUCUUGGAUUUUCUGUGUGUAUGUAUGUGUGUGAUUAUGGUACUAAUAAGAAUAACUUUGGACCAUUGUGAGUUAAACCCACAUCUGGGGAUGAGAUCCCACAUCCUUCUAAGCGACUGGUCUGGAAGCAGCCUUGACCAGGGGGACUUUGCACUUCAACUGACCACCAACAUAGGGCUCAGAAAUUGUGUUUUAAAAUUUCUAUCAUGACAAUGUUUGGACGGAUCAGGUGGCCCUGUGAAAUCAAGACAUGCGUGUGCAACAUGGAAGCCACGAGUUAACUGCUCCCAGAUGUCCCUUCUUCCUGGUCAGUUGGUUCCACUCAUGUUUGCUACUUAAUGAUUUUUCUUUCCUUUCCUUUUUCUUUUUUUUUUUUUUUUUCCCCUGUUGGUACCUCCGAGCGAAAAACAAUUGCUGUUUUCCUUGAACAUCUUUGGUCAUGUUCCCGAAACACAGAAUCAGCUUAUUCUGCAGACAUUCCAUAUCUUUUCUUGAAAAUGGAACUGCUGGGUUUGGUAAGGCACUUCCAUCCCCCCAGGAAGUGAAGUGGAAGCCAUGUGUAUUUCAGGACCCCGACCCAGCCCUGUGCAUCUCAUGCCCUAGGAGGGAGGAGGCAGGCGGGGGGGUUUCUUGGAAGUCACUGCAGCUGCCAGCCCCCGGCAGGGGAGCCUGGGGACCCCUGUGCCUCACUUCUCCCCCUUGCUGUUGAGGGGAAUCCACACAAAUCUAGGUUUGGGUUCCAGCAGAGAGGUGGUGCCAGCCCAAGGCCUCAGCUGUUAGACGUAGGACUUGUACCACAAUGUGAGAGCACUGAAGUCAAUUGCCACUCGGUGUGCUGGAGCCUUGCAUGUGGAGCAGACCCUCCAAGCAGGAACUUGGAUGUGCUGUGGUCUUUCUCCAGCCAUCAUCUUCCUUUCACCUUGAUACCUGACCCCCAAAGUUUGCUUUUUACAUAUCAAGAAGGAACAAAGGAACCUUUUUAUUUUUCUCUCUGAAAAAGACUUGCUCUGGGGUUUUGCUUGGAGGAGCUGAUCACAUCCUGCAUGUCAAAAGUUCCCCCCCCCCCCCGUUUGUUUCUGAUGACUGUAUUUUCAUUUGAACUGCCUCUUUUUGCUAGUGUUAUAAUAAUGAUAAAAUAAUAAUAGUAAUAAUAAUGAUCAGCUGUUCCCAGAUUAGUAAGUUAUGUAUAAUUUAUUUCUCCCUAUUUUAUUCUGCUCCAAUUUGGAAGCGCAGCCAAUAAGCUGUUAGAUAUUUAAAACUAAUCUCCAUCUCCAGCUCAUAUACACAUAUACAUUUUCUCCCCUGUAAAUGUAUAUAUGUAUACUCGCAUUAACCCACAUCAUUUUGCUUCUUCCAUAAGUUUUCUCCUUUUUGAAAAUCUGGCCCCAACAUUGUUGAAUUCUGGUGUUCAAUGCAAAGGAGUGAAUUAAUAAUAGGGCCGUGUUCAACCUUAGUUAAUUCAUGCUCUCAUCACUCAGUUUAGUCACUUAAUUGCCACAGCCAUAUAGAGUCCAUUUUUGUUUGUUUGUUUUGUUUUUAAGCACUCUGGAUAAGAAAAAAAAAAUAGAGACACUUGUUUUUAUAUCGUUAUUAUAUACAAUGUGAAAACAGAUUUUUAAAAACUUGUUCCGUCUCUGUUAACAAAUCCUUUCUGACUUAUGUGGGUUCACCUCUCAUGUUUGCUGGAUACUUAUUUUUCCACCACUUAUAAAGAUGCUUUGUUUUCAUUUCAUGACUCUGGGCUACAAGAAUACUUUGUUUUAGCUCCAGGUAAGAUGCCAUUGAAGGUAUUCACGGAGGAAACCAAUUCGAAGACACUUGCCAUGAAUUAACAAAAAGCUUCUGUUUGGUUUUUUCUUGUUUGUUCAUCUUAUUUGAUGGGGAAAAUGAAAUUGUUAUUGAUGACCCUUAACUGCUGAAAUUCAGAAGGCAAUUUUAUUUAGUUAGUUUUAUGUCAAAGACUAAACUCUUCAUAGACUGAUUAGAAAAAUAGAGGAAAAAAGGCCAUACAUAGGCUACUUCUUAUCUCUUGUUGAAUUCAUAGUUCAUUUUGUGUCACAAUUUCUUUGCCUUAGUUUUUACCCAAAUGACAACAAGCAAAAAUGAUUUUGUCUAAAGUAUUUUGAUAAAGACAAAAAAUGAUUUUGCCUUUGAAGUAUUUUGAUAAAAGGUGCUAUGAGUAGCAACUUACUGUGUUGCCUUCUUGGGCAUUUAGUUGGUUUAUUAUUUUUGUAAAGGAUCCUAAAAUCUUGUAUUCUUUUUCUUCGCCCCAUGAUGACCAACAAACAAACAAACAAAAAAACAGGUGGAGGAAAGGAGAGAUCAGACUAAAAUGGACAUAAAGCACUGGUUCAUCCCUCACACCCCACCUCCUCUCCCCCCCUCCCACUGAGGAAUAAUCUUGCCUGAAUUUUUUUCAUCACUCUUGUAAUUGACUCCUAAAAAUAAUCGUGAUUUAAUAUGCACCUAAAAGAACAUUGCAGGAGAACAAAGCUAAAGUUGCUUGUUAAUCAGUUACUAGUGAUGUGGCUAGUUAUAAUGAUUGGAUAACAUGCAAGACUAUUCUUCAGUACAUGCAGACCUAAAUUAGUUAAGUCAAUUUUUAACAUUUAUUUGGUAUCCUGCAGUUAAGAGUUAACCAAGUAUGAAAUCUCUCCCAAAGAACAUAACCAUUAUGGAAACCAAAUCCUCUUUAAAGGAACAGCUAGGGUAGCGUUUUCUUUGAUGAAAUUAUUUCAUAGAUCUGAUUUCUGGGGUAGGCUUUUACCUUCAUUCUUUUAGAGAACAUUACGUUUAACCAUUGUUACGAUCCAAUCUCAGAUAUGUUCUUAAUACAGAAGUUGUUGGCUGUUGCCAAAAGAAACCUCUUUCCUAUCAUGUUUAAACCAUGGAAAAGAAUUAUACUCUCACUAGAAUGGUUGAAUAACUUGUAUCUCUAACCAACAGGUCUAUAAAGCAUCUGUCAGGCUAAGUGAAAUAAGGACAGUGGGGUCUGGAAGGGACUCAAACUCCACUGAAAGUGGUCAGGAUAUCUCCUCUCUUCUUGGGGCCAAGGCUUUUGUUCAGCCAGGCUUUCUCAGUAUCUCAUUUGUGAGUUUCUACAAUAAUCAGUGUCCCAGGUGGAAGGAAGGUGACCUUGAGUUUUCUACUGAUGGAUUCCUUUCCUCCCCAGUGUUUCUGUCACUGGUUCAGUUAAACAGUAUUUCUAUAGCUCCACUGGCUCUAAAGUUCAAAGUCCUAACUUUUUUUUUUUUUUGAAUUUUAGAAGUUAAAUAAAUGGGAAGAAGUAGAAAAGAGACAAUCAAAUGCCUGGAGCUUAAAACAAAGUAUGUGCAACCUACCAUCUCACUUGAAAUUUAAUAAAAUAAAUAAUUAUGUAAAUAUAACAUAGAGUUAUAGAUUUAUAUUUUGUUCAUAACAUAGUGUAAUAUAAGUUGUAUAUUUUCAUGUUUUGGGUUUAUGUUAUCAUUCAUGCCACAAUAAAAAAACAAAGCAGGAGUUUAUGUACUCUUAAAAAAAUGUGGGUUGCCACCAACCUGUUUUUUUUCUUUUUGGUUUUUGUUUUUGCCUUUUUUUUUUUUUUCAGUAUUACUGCCUUGCAAGGCACCAAUAAAAACAGCAAAUGUGUUCUUUA